GACGGUCUCGAGCAAUAUGAGUAUAUUGGUAGAUUAUCUGACAAAAUUCUAACAUGAGGAGAGAAAAGGAAAGAGGCAGGCCUGCCGGCGACGAGCUAUCUAAUGUGUGCGAGGGGUUUAAGCGAGGCUCAGUGACUGUCCAUGCUCAGUGAAUGUCUAUGCUCCGUGACACUACCAAAGCUGUUCGAGACAAUCCACGCCAGCGGCAUUCUGGGUCCUUGUAUGGUAGAAGAACUUGAAGAGUUCAUGAACUCGGGUCUGAAAACCACUAUCUUCCAGAACCCACAAGAGCGAGCUGGUGUUCUGGAGCCAGAUGGAUACCCUGUUCCUAACCAGAACUAUUUCGGAUUCUGGCUACCGCAUGGCCUGAACGCCUUCAAUUAUGUUGAACAGAUUAAGAGAUGCCUAGCACGAUUUAACCGAAUUGACGCUGCUUUCCGUGAAGUCGAAGACAUCCCGCAAAACAGGCUGUGGUUGGAGCAUGAGCAGGUUGCGUUCUUCGAGCAAAGCCCAGAACUAGUACCUGGAUUCAAGAAUGAUCGGCCGGAUUCUAUGGUGGACUCCAGCGAGCUGUAG